AUGAAUCGCUGUCCGGCGUCUGCACAUCUGCACGAUCCUACGAUCGCGUGCCUGGGCAUUUCCAACGUCCUUGUCCCUGUCAGCUGUGCAAUCAACUUCUUUUGUUCCUAUCGGCGUGUUGGAAACAAGUGCGUCAGAGCUAAGGUCUGCCCCGUGGCCCCGUGGCCAGCCCGGAUCAGUAGUCAGGUCAUGCCUUUUGGAUCGAGACGUGCGCCCGUGCAAUGGGGGAAAUGGAUCCUUGGGCUGGGUGUCUUGCUCAGACUGACAGAUGCACUGACGUGUCCCAAUUUCCUACUGGGCCCAGCCCCGGCGGAUGGACCGAAUCAAAACUUUGUUUUGCUUUUUGACACACCCGCGACGCCCAAUGAUGCUCAGAGCGUAACCUGUGUGCCCAAUGUCAGCACGCCCUUGGCGCUCGGGGCCACGGGCACCCUGGUUUGCAUUGCACGAGAUCACGCGGGACUCGAAGUGGCCACUUGUCAAGUGGCAUACGCAGUCGCUGACGCCACCCCGCCCUUGAUAUCCUGCCCAGCCGACAUCAGCGCUGACAAUGACAUUGGCUUGGCUUUGGGCCAGGCCCGCUUUGCCGAUCCCAGCGUCGUGGACCAGUCCGUCACUGACCUCAGCUGCGUUCCCUCCUCGGGUGCCCAACUACCUCUUGGCCAGACCCAAAUCAACUGCACCGUGACCGAUGCCUUCAACCUCUCAUCCUCAUGUCUCUUCUCGGCGACGAUCCGCGAUGUCGAAGCUCCAAACAUCAAUUGUCCGACCAAUCGGUAUCGUAGCGUGACGGCGCCAAACACAGAGGGAGACGUGUACUGGAGUGCGCCCUUUGCCGGCGACAACAGUGGCGCUGGCGUAGACACUUUUUGCUCGCAUUCACCCGGCACCGUGUUUGCCCUGGGUACCCAUGUGGUCGCAUGUAAUGCCACAGAUCCGAGUGGCAACACCGCCUUCUGCUCUUUCCUGGUCACAGUCAGUGAUGGCAAUACAGACUGCUAUGAGCGCUGGAGUGCGUGGAGUGCGUGCAGCAACUGCCCUCAACGACAGAUCGCCAGAUGGUGA